AUGUUAGCAACCUCCAUGGCCGGAGAUAACUCACUCUGGCCGCCUCCGGAUCCGCCAAACCCUGUCCCUCCCCCACCAUCUCUCACUUCCUACCGCUGUCCCCUCCCCCUACUAUCUUUCCAAGCCCCUUCUGAACCUUGGACAUUGGCCACAACAAUGCCUCUUACUACUGAGUCCACUCAGAUGGUUACCGAUACUACUAUGGCUACCCCAACAGAUUUGGGUAUCACUUGUGAAACCUCUACUUCGCUUCCCUCGGGACCUGAAGAUUCUACUAUGUAUGAAGCUCACGAUGUUGUUGCAACGGAUGUUCCUACUUUCACGGACGUGGUUCCUGGCUGUGCUUCUCAGCCUUUAUCUUCUCCUGAUUUAGCGGAUCCCACCCAUUCCGGGUCAGAUCUGGUUUCUAACUCAGGCGGUACGGGUAAUGUGAAUACCUGGGCUGCUAAGCUUCAGCAGUCUGUGGACCGAGCUCUGGAAAAAACCAGUUCUCCUGCGCUUACACCUGCUGGAGUUCCCAGAAUAAAAAUCCCGGAUUCUGUCUUCAAACGAGGAGCGGACCUUCAUCAUGACUUCGUGCUGGACAUCUUUAUGGGAAAAACUCCCUCCUUUGGCUGCAUCCAAAGUGUCUUAACCCACAUCUGGGGCAGAGGCAUGAAGCUUCAAAUCCACAUGCGACCUGAUUCAAAGUCAAUGCUUGUGAGAAUUCCUAACUCCUCUAUUAAGAAAAAGAUUGUGGAUCAGAAAAUAUGGCACAUCGGAAGCUCACUCUUCUAUGUCGCUCAGUGGUCUGCUGAAGUUGCAGUUAAACCUCCUUCGUUUACCUCCAUCCCGCUGUGGGCUCAUGUCAAAGGAGUACCGUUUGAUCUCUAUACUCAGGAAGGGCUCGGGCAAAAUGUUAUCCCUACAGGAUCAGCCCCAUCUGCUCAACCUCCAAACAAAGCAGCUUCGGCACCUGUUGACCUCGUAUCUCCAGAGGUGUCCCCUGUUGACCUGACGUCGGAGGUCCCAGUCAACUCGUUAAGUGGCUCCUCUCUUUCCGUUGGUAUAGGAGAUCCGCUUCAGGAAGCUUCGAAGCCUGAAAACCUUUCUCCCCUGGGAAAAGGGGCAGUGGAGAUUUGCUCAGAUGAUAUUGCUGCCCCGCCCGAUGUGGAAAAGAUAUCCCACCUCAUUGCUCUUCCUGUUCACGUUUCUCACCGCCCAGUCAUCAAUAGAGUUUUCAAAAAGGCCUCUCCAACAGGCGCCCGUUUUAUCAGGAAGCCGCCUAGGGCCAAAUCUUCCUUGUCGAUAGAAGGUAUCAACCCAUUUGCCUGCCUUGAUACGAAUGGUUCUAUAGUUCUCGAAGGGGAGGCUGGGGAUUCUUCCCUCUCUUCCGAACCCCCAGAUAAUGACCACACUCCGUCGGGUUCUGCAAUUGCGGCGCUUCCUAUCCCCAAUGGGUUCACUUCUCCUUCAGUGGGAUCUCUCCUGCAAAUGGGAGAGCACCAACAUUAA